GAGAGCGAGCAGUAAAUGAUCUCAGUUUUCCAAGCAUCCUCUCUCUCUUAUCAGAGACGGAAUCCCUUACCUACUAGACCAUAAAAGAAAUAAAUUACAGUAUAAUGAAACUGCAAGGAAAGACAAGCUUAACCAUAUCAACAAGAACUGCUAUAAAGAAUUACAUCAAGCUGAACCACCAUAACAGAAAUUAAUAUUAAAAAUAAUUCUUCUUUCUUUUAACCUUCUAUUCGUUUCCAUCCAAUAUUGCCACCCAAAGCAAUGAAGAAGAUGAACAGGACAAUUUUAAGCACAGUUGCCCUACUAAUUGCAGCGCUGGUGACAAUUACAAAUGCAGCAGAAGAAACAUUUCCCAAAGAGGCCCUGCCAAUGGCAUCAGGGUACCUCACCAUCAAAGAGAAGCCCGGCGCCCAAAUGUUCUAUGCAUACUACGAAGCAAUCGAACCGGCACUCCAACUUUCGGACAGACCGAUUGUAUUGUGGCUUCAGGGGGGGCCCGGUUGCUCCCGACUGAUUGGCAAUCUGUACGAAUUAGGCCCCUGGAGAGUCACUCAAGACCUCCGCCUGCACAAAAACUCGGCCCCAUGGAACCGUGUUUUUGGCCUUCUCUUUCUCGACAACCCAAUCGGAAGUGGCUUCAGCGUUGCCCCCACCGACCAGGAUAUUCCCAGCAACCAAGAAGAAAUCGCCAAGGAUUUAUACAGCGCACUGCAAGCAUUCUAUGAUCUCAAUCCUCUGUUCAAAUCCCGGCCCUUCUUUGUCACGGGCCAGAGCUACGCAGGAAAAUACGUGCCCUCGCUGGCAUAUUACAUGGUAGAGCAGUUAGAGAAAGGGGGAUUCUUACGAAUCGACGGCGCGGCUAUUGGUAAUGGCUUCACACACCCGGUUGUCCAGGUACAGGCACAUGCGAGCGUGGCCUACGCCGUGGGGCUGAUCGACUACCAACAGAAGCUUUACCUCGAAAGCUUGCAGGAAGAGGCCGUCAGUCUGACCACUCAGCACAAAUGGAACGACGCCCGCAUUGCAAGAAACCGCGUCCUUGGCUACCUGAAAAAUAGAACAGGCCUUGCAACCCUUGAUGACAUGAGGCGGACUGUUCCCUAUUACAAAUUCGAUAACGGCACCGACUACCUACGUCUCUUCGUUAACCAGGGGGGUGUGAAAGAGGCUCUCAACGCUCAUCCCACCGCCACCUGGGUCAGCUGCAGGAACACCGUGCGCCGGAGGAUGCGAGAGGACAUUAUGAAGAGCACUAAAUGGAAGGUUGAAAGACUUCUGUUGAAAAUACCAGUUUUGUUGUAUCAGGGGCAGUUCGAUCUCAGGGAUGGCGUUUUGUCCACUGAAGACUGGAUGCGCACUCUGGAAUGGAAUGGCUUGGCUGAGUUUUGGCGGGCGGAGAGAAAAGUAUGGCGAGUGUCAAAGGUGCAGGCAGGAUAUGUGCGCUCUUAUUCAAAUCUGACGCAUGUUGUUGUAGCGCGAGCAGGGCAUCUUGUGCCUGCCGACCAGAAUCUUCAUUCGCAGGUGAUGAUUGAAUCGUGGGUAGCUAAAUCUCUUGCUACUUCAGCGGUGCAGUGAUAGCCGAAUUUCUUUUCCUUUCUAUCCACGCCUUUUCAAUGAAAUUGACAUUUUAAUAGCGUUUAAGGGUUGUGAUCAUGCAGCUUUAGUCCUGCUAAAAGUAGAGGAUACUUUAAUGUGAUUUAGUUAAUGUUUUGAUUAAAUUAAA